AUGUCACAUGUUCACCCCAGCGGCCUCAACCUAACCCAGGCCUUCUUCAAGCCCAUCUCUGGCGCCGCCUCUCCCUCCUCCACCAAGCGCCACACCAAGUUCUCCGUCAUCAGCGCUGGCAACGUGGUUAUGGCCAUCGCCCAAACCAUCCUCACCCAGGACCUUGCCAACGAGUACGAUAGUGAAGUUGCUGUGAAAUCGUUGGAACAAGUGGUUGAAGGGUUUCUAUCAUUGGUAUCAGGCCAGUCAGAUUCUCGUUCCCUUCUCGUGCUUCCGUGUAUGACUCGUGCGUCGACUCGCCAUAACUCCAUGGAUAAUCGUGUUCAGAGCGUUGAAGCCCUUCUUGCCGAGCUUUUGAACCGAUUUGAUUCUUUGGAUUCGAAGUAUGAUCAGCUUCGUAAAGAGUGCUCCGAGCGUUCUGAUUCCACCUUGCACCCGCCUGUUCAUGACGACGUUGGUGAUCGUCCUCGUGAUUUUCCAUUUCCCGGACCCGUGCAACCGCCAUUGAUGAAGAUCAAAUUUCCUCGAUUCUGUGAUGGUGAUGAUCCAUUGGGGUGGAUUUACAAAGCAGAGCAUUACUUCGAUUAUUUUGCUGUUCCGAACGAUCGGAAGACUUAUCCUACUUGGGAGGAAUUUACUAAGGUUUUUUGUCAAGAAUUUGGUCCCUCCGAGUUUGACGAUUGUGCUGAAGCUUUGGUGAAACUACGCCAAACGGGUCCUCCCAAAGCUUACAUUACGGAGUUUCGUCGGCUUGCUAAUCGUACUAAGGAUAUGAGUCCCUCUCUUCUGAAGAGUUGUUUUGUGGGGGGGGUUGAUGCUAAAUUUCAAGAUUUGCAUUUCUCUGCUUCUGUUUCUGUUUCGAAACCCUCUGUUUCGUUUCCUUCAGCUUCGCCUAAGUCUGAUUUUCCUAUCAAGAGGCUUACACCGGAGGAGGUUCAGCUUCGACGACAGAAAGGCUUGUGCUUUCAUUGUGACGAGAAGUUCGUCUGCGGCCACACUUGUGCCAAGAAACAAUUGUUAUUGAUUGAGGCUUAUGAUGGGGAUGUUGUCGAUGUUGCAAUUGAUUCCGUCGCUGAUGACCUUGAAUUGCAGAUGAUGGAGGUCACUGCAUGUGCUUUAUUGGGUACCCCAGCCCCCAUGUCUUGCCAGACAAUGAAGGUAACCGGUUUUAUCAAGAAUUGCCCUGUAAUCAUUUUGUUUGACUCUGGUAGUUCUCAUAAUUUUGUGGAUACUGCCUUGGUUAAACGUUUGGGGUGGCAAUUGGAUGCUACCCGGUCAUUCAAUGUCAUGAUUGCCAAUGGAGGUCAGUUAGGCUGUAAAGGUGUCUGUUCUCAAGCUCUUAUUAAGAUUCAAGAUUAUCAGUGUGUUACUGAUCUUUUUGCUAUCAAUUUAGGAGGGUGUGAUGUGGUUUUGGGUGCUCAAUGGUUGCGUACCCUGGGCCUAUUUUGUGGGAUUUUGCUAGUAUGA